AUGAAGGCAGCAGAAGGAUCUAAUUGGGUGGAAAUCAAUAACUCUGGUUCCAAACAUUCUCCUAGGUCUGGGAGAUCUUCUGUGCCUGAUAAUGAUGAAACAAAUCAGAAUUCUCGUAGUAGUCUCAUUGCUAGGAACCAGGUAGUUCCUUUUUCAACAGAUCCUAUCACUGAAAAUAGAGCUGAUACAGUUGCAUCCAACUCUUUGAAGGAGGACUCUCUUUUACAUCCCUUAGAUCUUCCAAGAAAUCCAGCUCCAGCUGGAAAGAUAUCAAUUAAUGCAGUUUCAGGCAACGAGGAAAUUCUGAAUGGAAUGGAGGUUGAGAUUAAUACACAAAUUGAAGGAGAUCCCAUCUCAACUGAACCAAUGCAGGGGAAUCAGUAUUGGAACAUCCAAAACAUGGAGGAGAACCAGCUUUAA